CGGACACUUCGGUCCCACCACCGGCCGCGUUUAAAGCGCGGCGCGUUGCAUCUGCUGGCGUUGCCUUGAAUUUCGACAGGUUGCGACGAGACCGAGGUGCGGGAGAGAGAGAGAGAGCGAAUUCCGAUCCGUCUUCCGGAGACCCUUUCUUUUCCAGCUGAUAAUGGCAUCGGACCGAAAGCUCUUUAAUUUCGAGGAGGUCGAGAAGCACGACAAAACCAAGGAUUGUUGGCUUAUUAUUUCGGGGAAGGUGUAUGAUGUAACUUCAUUUAUGGAUGAUCAUCCUGGAGGAGAUGAAGUUUUGCUAUCAGCAACUCGAAAAGAUGCAACAAAUGACUUCGAAGAUGUCGGCCAUAGCGAUUCAGCUAGAGAAACGAUGAAGGAGUACUGCAUUGGUGAGAUUGAUGAAUCAACCGUUCCUGCCAAGCGCACGCACAUCCCCCCGCAGCAACCCAAUUAUAAUCACGACAAGACUCCAGAAUUUAUUAUCAAGAUUUUGCAGUUUCUCGUUCCUCUUCUGAUCUUGGGCUUAGCAUUUGUGGUGCGGCACUACACAAAGAAAGAGUAGGACUGGGAGCUACUGCCUGGAGAUAACCCCUCUUAUGAGGCGUGAACUGUUUGUCUUGCAUUAUCUUUAAUAAUUUAAAGAACUACAGCCGAGGAUCAUAAUUUGGGGUCCUGUAAUAGCAGUCAGUUUGUCGUUGGUGAGCCCCACGGAUGAUGGUCAGUUGUUGCUAUGGUCGGAACGCCUUCUCUCUCUUUCACCAUCUCUCAAGCUGGUGUUCUGUUUCAGUUUGGACCUGUCAUUUUUCCUUUGAGUACUUUGUUUUCUUCAAAGGUGCUUUCAAAGAAUGUUUUUCUUAUCUUUACU